AUGCAAGAUGCUAACAACAGGUUCGCCAACGUGGCUGUUCUCUCCACACAGCAGCCCCUCCAACAGCAGCAACACUCACAGCAGUCGCAGCACCAGAUGCAGCAGGGACAGGGCACACAGCAGGAGAACACCUUCAUUCUAGGGAUGCAAACGAUCCCCAACAGUAUGUCCUUUAACACGCAACCUUUGCAACAGCAGGAGCAAAAGGACCCGGCGUGGUUCAAUAAUCCACGGAAGAGGACAAUCCCUCAGAGUAUAGUGAAGAGGUCGCUUAGGUCUUCGGGCGAUGGGGAUGCGGCGUCCGCAAUGGCAGGUACGGGGAAGACGGACACGGCGAACGCAGCAGGGUUCAGCAGCGUCACUUUUGGCUCUAGGAAACAGCACAGCGGGCACGAUGCGACGCCUAAUCAGUCUCUCAAAAACACGUUCAAUCCAGAGGCCAUACUCAACGACACGGGGGACGUGCCUCCUACGCUGUCGAUCCUCGAUUGGCAACGCGAGGAGGAAGGGUCCAGUGGGGCAAGGGGAGAUGUCUCCACGAUGCUGCCAGACAAAAGCUAUCUUGAUGGGAACCAGUUGACCAGUUUUUGGUCAUCUCCUGCGCCGCAUGAACAACAGCAUACGGGGACCCCACGCAGCGUGUUUGGCAAGGACAGCGGUUCAAAUAAUAAGAGCGGUGGGAUAUUUGGAGGUAAGAAGGAUUCCAAGGGACUCUCACAGAAAGAGAAUGCAACAGGGGUAGCGCCAUCGACGGCAACAGAUGGGGAGUCUGCCUCGGGUGAAACGAGAACCUUGGGAAUGACAAAGGAAUCUUACGAGAGCUCAGUAAUAGUGUUUGGGUAUCCAGAGUCCAUUUCAAAUCGCAUUAUUGAGCAUUUCUCUCACUUUGGGAACAUCUUGGAAGAUUUUGAAGUACUUAGAAGCCCCUCGGGUGUGGAUAUCGCGAACCUGAAGCGCGGCGGUAAAGAAAACGUCAAGGCCAGAAAAUACCCUAUAUACACAGGGGACGGGUGGGUGAAGCUCACAUACGACUCGGAGGCAUCUGCACUACGUGCGCUACAGGAGAACGGGACCGUUCAGGGUGGGGCCCCGAUAGGAUGCAUCCCAUACAGUAAGAAAACAGUGGAACAGUUGGCCUCGUGUAAGAUCGAAGCAAGUGAUAACAUUGGGGAGAUGCCAUCGAUAGCGGCGGUCAUUCCACACCAGCAACCUCAAUCACAGCAACAACAAAACUCGAAUUCAGUACUGAAUCAACGCGGUGAUACAACGGAGAGGAAAGCACAGGGAGAUAACGGUAGCACAUUCCCAUCUCGUGUCAAUGCUACACAAAAUUGUCUCCCGUUCACCAAGAAGUUGACAGUCAAGGAUGGCAAGUCACUGUUCCUGCAUAAUACAGAUGACAACAAGUAUCACUUCCUUCAGAAUUUGGAGGACAGAUUACGCCAGCAAGACUCCAACUCGAAACAACAGCAAACAGGCGUUGUUCACGCUUUGAGCAACUGGUUGUUCGGUUGGAACGACCUGUGA